AAGCGGAAGUGACGCCCGGGGAAGGUGGGGGCAAUCAUGGUGCCGCUGGGGAGGGGAGAAGCUGCCGCUGCCGCCGUUGCCGGGAGCCACGGAGACAGGUCAUUACCUUUCCAUUUCUCACAAUUGGGCUGAGCACAGUUGAACCAUGGGGGAACACAGUCCAGACAACAACAUCAUCUACUUUGAGGCAGAGGAAGAUGAGCUGACCCCCGAUGAUAAGAUGCUCAGGUUUGUGGAGAGAAACGGACUGGUGCCUUCCUCAUCUGGAACUGUUUAUGAUAGGACAACUGUUCUCAUUGAGCAGGACCCUGGCACUUUGGAGGAUGAAGAUGACGAUGGACAGUGUGGAGAACACUUGCCUUUUCUAGUAGGGGGUGAAGAGGGCUUUCAUCUAAUAGAUCAUGAAGCAAUGUCCCAGGGUUAUGUGCAACACAUUAUCUCCCCGGAUCAGAUUCAUUUAACAAUUAACCCUGGCUCCACGCCCAUGCCAAGAAAUAUCGAAGGUGCAACGCUCACUCUGCAAUCGGAAUGUCCAGAAACGAAACGUAAAGAAGUAAAGCGGUACCAGUGCACCUUUGAGGGCUGUCCCCGCACCUAUAGCACAGCAGGCAACCUGCGCACUCACCAGAAGACUCACCGAGGAGAAUACACCUUUGUCUGUAAUCAGGAGGGCUGUGGCAAGGCCUUCCUCACCUCCUACAGCCUCAGGAUCCACGUGCGAGUGCACACGAAGGAGAAGCCAUUUGAAUGUGACGUGCAGGGCUGUGAGAAGGCGUUCAACACGCUCUACAGGCUGAAAGCGCAUCAGAGGCUUCACACAGGGAAAACGUUUAACUGUGAAUCUGAAGGCUGCAGCAAGUACUUCACCACACUCAGUGAUCUGAGGAAGCACAUCCGAACCCAUACAGGAGAAAAGCCAUUUCGGUGUGAUCAUGACGGCUGUGGAAAGGCAUUUGCAGCGAGCCACCACCUUAAAACUCACGUCCGUACACAUACUGGUGAGCGGCCCUUUUUCUGCCCCAGUAACGGCUGUGAGAAAACAUUCAGCACUCAGUACAGCCUCAAAAGUCACAUGAAAGGUCACGAUAACAAAGGACACUUAUACAAUGCACUUCCAGCUCACAAUGGAUCAGAGGAUGCAAAUCACUCUCUUUGUCUGAGUGACUUGAGCCUUCUGUCCACAGAUUCUGAGUUGCGAGAAAACUCUAGUGCAGGCCCGGAUCUCGGCACACUCUCACCAGCAAUCAUCUUUAAAUCGAUGUUCCAGAAUUCAGACGACUCGGCAAUUCAGGAAGAUCCUCAACAGACAGCUGCCUUGAUUGAAAGUUUUAAUGGUGAUGCAGACUCAGUCAAUGAUGUUCCGCCACCCACAGGAAAUUCAGCAUCUUUAUCUCUUCCACUUGUACUGCAGCCUGGCAUCUCCGAGCCACCCCAGCCUCUGCUACCAGCAUCAGCACCGUCCGCUCCUCCGCCUGCUCCCUCCCUAGGAACUGGUUCCCAGCAAGCUGCAUUUGGCAACCCCCCUGCUCUCUUACAACCUCCAGAAGUGCCUGUUCCCCACAGCACACAGUUUGCUGCUAAUCAUCAAGAGUUUCUUCCGCACCCCCAGGCACCACAGCCCAUCGUGCCAGGACUUCCUGUUGUUGCCGGGGCUUCUGCACCAGCAGCGGCAGUGACAUCGGCCGUGGCAGCACCGCCCCAACCACAAAGUACUACUGAGCCCCUGCCAGCCAUGGUCCAGACUCUGCCCCUGGGUGCCAACUCUGUCCUAACUAAUAACCCCACCAUAACCAUCACCCCAACUCCCAACACGGCUAUCCUGCAGUCCAGCCUCGUCAUGGGAGAACAGAACUUACAGUGGAUCUUAAAUGGUGCCACCACUUCACCGCAAAACCAAGAACAAAUGCAGCAAGCAUCGAAAGUUGAGAAGGUGUUCUUUACCACCGCGGUGCCAGUAGCCAGUAGCACAGGGAGCUCUGUACAGCAGAUCGGCCUCAGUGUUCCUGUGAUCAUCAUCAAGCAAGAGGAGGCAUGUCAGUGUCAGUGCGCGUGCCGGGACUCUGCCAAGGAGCGCGCUGCCAGCAGGAGAAAGGGCUGCUCUUCCCCGCCCCCUCCAGAGCCGAGCCCCCAGCCUCCGGAUGGGCCUGGCCUGAAGCUACCACCACAGACUUUUCCCGCCCCCUCCGCCCCGCUGUCCUCGUCCCCUGGCGUACCCUCUUCCAGUGAGCAGAGCAGACAAGCAGAGACUCCUCCAGACCCUCAGACAGAAACGUUAAGUGCCAUGGAUGUGUCAGAAUUCCUGUCCCUCCAGAGCCUGGACACACCGUCCAAUCUGAUUCCCAUUGAAGCACUACUGCAGGGGGAGGAGGAGCUGAGCCUGACCAGCAGCUUCUCCAAGUGAAAGGGCCGCGGCUCCCCUCCGGGAAGAGGGCCGGCAGGAAGCGUCCGCAGGGUGUGAUGCCCCAUCUUGGAGUCAGCAGUUUGAAGGAUGAGGAGAUCUACUGUUUGAAAGCCUCACCUUUCAGAUAGAUGUAUUUUCUUUAUUCAUAUCCCAGGAGCAUCCAUUUUAAGGAACUGAUCUUUGGGGGAAAAAAAAACCAACAAAAAAAAAAGCUAAGUUAUAAAUGAACUGUUUGGCUGCACUGUAUGUCACUUUUGCUUAUUGUCAUGUGAACUUGGAAAUUAAGGUUACUUGUAUGCAUAAAAAUUCUGAAUGAAA